GGUUGGGGCAGUGAGUCAGUUGUGAUCUAGAAGUGGUUAAAUCAAGUUACUUUCCAGACAACAACAAUUGAAACAGUACAUUUUUUGUCAUUAAUAUAAAUCGAAUUAUUAAUCAUCUGCGAUGUUAGUGCGAAUAGCUAGUUUCGCGUUUGUGAUCGCUUCGAUUUGUGUGCUCAAUGGCCGUGCGUUCAACAUUGAGAGAGAUUUGGCGUUUCGGCUUUACACGAAAGAAGCGCCGAUCAUGUAUUAUGUAUUGAAACUCAAUGGCUCACCAGCCGUUUCGCAAACACCAUUCAAUCCGAACCGACCAACACGCAUAUUUGUUCAUGGAUAUAAAAGCAAAGAAAAGACUAUUCAGCGUUACACAGAAGCCUACUUGAAAUUAGGAGACUUCAAUUUCAUUGCAGUCGAUUGGAUUUCUGGCGCCAACACUUUCAAUUACUAUUUGGCAAAAAGUCGAGUUGGAUCCAUUGCUGCGAAAUUGGCUGAAUUAAUCGAUCAUCUCGUUGCAAACGGAUUGAAAUUGAAGGAUUUGACCCUUGUUGGUCAUAGUUUAGGUGCCCACAUUGCUGGCCGAGCUGCAAAGCAACUGAGGACAAAAGGGAGAGUAGCGAAUAUAAUCGCUCUUGACCCGGCUUCAGUGGGAUUUGAUUUCUCUAAUAAAGAUAAGCGUUUGGCUGAUUCAGACGCUGAUUAUGUUCAAAUAAUCCACACGGACGGCGAUAACUUUGGUUUUGCAAAACCACUUGGUCUCGGCGACUUCUACCCUAAUUUCGGAAGAUCCCAGCCUGGAUGUUCAAAUAAUAUAUUGGACAAAUGUUCCCACAGCCGUUCGCAUCACUUGUUCUUGGAGAGUUUAACAACGAAAUUCAUGGCCAUUCAAUGUGCUUCGUAUGAUGAAAUUAAACAAAAUCGAUGCACAACCAACAAUGUGACUGCGAUCAUGGGAGGCGAUAUUACACAACACAUACCGAAAGCAUACGGAAUAUUCUAUUUAGAAACUAGAGCCGAACCACCAUAUAAUAUGGGCGACAACAAACAUUUCAAUAACAUUGAAAUCGUCGCUUAUACGUAAAGUCACCUAAUUCCAAGAGAACAUUAAGUGCAAAAUGCACAUUCAGUCUGUAAUGAGAAAUUCUAUCAGUAAACUUACUGUUUUUUUACUUUAAUAAAGAACGGAAAAUGCUUUUAAUCUCAUAAA